AUGGAAAAAUGGAUUCCUGGAACCAUUAUCAGGUUCGAGACAAGUCCAACACCCAUUCAGGGGCAAGUGUUUUUUGAGCGUUUGUUUUGGGCUUUCAAACCGUGCAUCCAAGCAUUUGCACAUUGCAAGCCAAUUGUGCAAGUUGAUGGAACGUUUUUAUACGGGAAGUAUAAGGGGACGUUGUUGUUGGCCGUCGCCCAAGAUGGAAACGCUCAUAUUUUUCCUGUGGCAUUCGCGAUUGUUGAAGGGGAAACGAAAGAUGCAUGGAACUUCUUUCUUAAACAUUUGAGAGAGAAUGUUACUCCACAAGAAAAUAUAUGCAUGAUUUCAGAUAGGCACGCAUCUAUUAAAAGUGCUUAUGAAAACCCUUCAAAUGGAUGGAAUGGUACUUCCUCUCAUGUGUAUUGCCUUCGACACGUCGCACAGAAUUUUGUGAGGGCAAUAAAAAACAGAAAACUACGGAAAUAUGCUGUUAAUAUGGGGUAUGCACCAAGCGAGGCUACAUUCCUGUACUGGCGGCAUAGGAUUUUGAAGAAAAAUACAGCGGCUUUAGAGUGGGUUGAUAAUCUCCCAAAAGAAAAAUGGACGCAAGCAUACGAUGGAGGUAUUCGGUGGGGUCACAUGACAAGUAAUCUUGCCGAGGCAAUGAACUCAGUUUUUAAGGAUAUCCGCGGCCUACCGAUCACAGCUUUGGUCCAAGCAACCUACUAUAGGCUGGCGAAACUUUUUGCAAAACGAGGAAAACAGUCGGCCGCUGUAUUAGCUUCUGGUCAGCAAUAUACUGAAGCUUGCCAAGAAAAGAUUUUAGAUGCACUCGGUAAGUCAAACUCAUGUAUCGUCACUGAGUUUGAUCGGCGAAAUUAUAGUUUCUCAGUGGAGGAAACUGAGGAUCCCCAUGAAGGCCGACCAAAGGAUCAUUUCUGGGUACACUUGAGAGAAAAGAUGUGCGACUGUGGAAAGUUUCAGGCGUUACACUUGCCAUGUUCGCAUGUUAUUGCUGCAUGUAAUCAUGCUAACAUUUCAUAUGAAGCAUUCAUUGACGACGUGUACCGAGUUACCACUGUAAAUGCUGUGUAUGACGAGGCCUUCCCGGUAGUUCGAAGCAAGAGUUUAUGGCCCAUUUAUGAAGGUGACGUUGUUUGUCCUCGCGCCGAUAUGAAAAGAACCAAGAGAGGACGUCCCAAAAAGACACGCAUCCACACUGAAAUGGACGAUUUUGAAAAAAGAGAGUUCCGAUGUGGCUUAUGUCGAGUGCCGGGUCAUAACUAUCGAGAAUGUCCUAAUGCAGCCGGACCCUCUAAUUAA